CCAAAUUUAAAGUUGUCACUCAGGUACCUUUUUUCUGUUAUUUCUUUUUGUCGGCCACUGUAAUGGCCUUCUUGCAUAACCGCGUAUUACGAAGGGAUAACCUUUAUGUCUUCAUUCACCAGUGCGCGUUUCUGGCCACUGGCAUUUCAAUAACACUUGGAACGCAGUGGAUAUUUUAUCAUGGAGCUGCAACUGGAGAUAGCUACCUUACUCAGUUAGCGCAGUACUUUGGAAUGGUACUAGUUGGCGCACUGAUCCCUUUAUUAAAAAAGAAUAAAACUACAUACAAUAAAAUAGCCCAGCAGGAAGAUGAGAUUAGGAUGAGUGACAUGUUACAUGUAAAUGUAGAGGAUACAGAAGAAGAUCAUAGUCAUGAAGGACAUAUCAGUCAUAAGGCUGUGAUAAAGCUGGCAUUCAUGGACGUGUUUGCUAAUUUUUGCGUCACUGUAGGAUUUUCAAUAAUCGGAAGCGGGAUGUAUCAAGUCAUUUACAGUAGUGUCGUCAUAUGGUGCGCAGUUCUUACAUUCUUAUUCAUGAAUAGAAAGCUAUCUAUCCUUCAGUGGAUUGCUAUACUUGGCACAAGCGCUGGCUUAGCUAUGAGCUCUCUAGAUUCAAUGAAAGGAAGUGAUGAUGCCAGUGAAGAAGUAAAAAAUGGAUUAUUGAUGUUUGGAACCCUGAUGACUCUGAGUGGCACAUUCUUUUACUCCUGUGUUUAUGUUUACUCUGAUUAUAUCCUAUCCAAGCAAACUCCACCAUCUUUGCCAGCAAGAGUAUGCUUUUAUUCGGGGAUAUAUACAUCUUUGCUUUCACUUGGAUGGAUAGGCAUAUAUACUCUUCCACGGUUUGACAGACUAAUCCAUAUUCAGGGUACAAAUACUUCCACAGUUCUUUUAAUGUAUGUCAUCGUGAGUGUAUCCAAUGCAGUACAUUCUUGGAAUUACUAUGAAUUGAUUGAUAGAACUGGAAGUGUUGCUACCGGAAUAUUACAAGGCCUUAGGGCUGUUUUAAUCUAUGUGAUCAGUAACUCAUUAUAUUGUCAAUCGGAUGCAAGUCAAUGUCUUACGGUCUAUAAGGGCUUAGGUUCAACGCUUGUUAUCGGAAGCGUGCUAUUAUUUACAAUUAGCCGUCGAUAAAACAGUAAACAGCUUAAAAUCUUGAAUACUGCACUGCUUUUAUUUUCUCUUACGAGUCAAUUAUUCUUUUAUUUAUAAUAAAUAGCAUUGUUUUUAUUUUUAUUAGCACGUCAGAAGC